AGCGUGUUGCAAAUGUUCCAAUAUUCUAUAUCCAUAGAAAUCAUUUUAAUGAGCAUGAAUUCACGCAGUCGUCACGCUGUAGAAUUAAUUUUUGUUUUUCCUGCGGUCUCUCAGAGAAACUUGGUCCGUAGCUUAGAGAAAGAAAGCUCUUUCCGUUCUUUUCCUUCCGAACAAUUGCAUCUUAAGGAAACACGUUCAAUAAAAGAAAAGUGAGGGACAAGAAUGAGUUAUGCAGAAAAACCCGAUGAAAUUACAAAAGACGAGUGGAUGGAAAAGCUCAAUAAUUUGCACAUCCAAAGAGCUGAUAUGAACCGCCUGAUCAUGAACUAUCUUGUUACAGAAGGCUUUAAAGAGGCGGCAGAGAAGUUUCGGAUGGAAUCUGGAAUAGAGCCAAGUGUUGAUUUGGAAACGCUUGAUGAAAGAAUAAAAAUUCGAGAGAUGAUCCUCAAGGGUCAAAUUCAGGAAGCCAUCGCACUCAUCAAUAGUCUUCAUCCAGAAUUGUUAGACACAAACCGAUACCUUUACUUCCAUUUACAGCAACAGCAUUUAAUUGAAUUGAUUCGGCAGCGUGAGACAGAAGCUGCACUGGAAUUUGCUCAAACACAGUUGGCGGAACAAGGAGAGGAAAGUCGGGAAUGCUUGACAGAGAUGGAGCGUACUCUUGCCCUCCUUGCUUUUGACAACCCAGAGGAAUCGCCUUUUGGAGACUUGCUGAACAUGAUGCAGAGACAGAAAGUGUGGAGUGAAGUCAACCAAGCUGUUCUAGACUAUGAAAAUCGUGAGUCAACACCCAAGCUGGCUAAAUUACUGAAAUUACUACUGUGGGCGCAGAAUGAGCUGGACCAGAAGAAAGUAAAAUAUCCCAAAAUGACAGACCUCAGCAAGGGGACAAUUGAGGAACCCAAGUAAAAUGUGCAGGCGGACCCUAAAUCUCAGAACUGCACAGUUAUAUACAUUUUUAAUCAGUCUGUGACUGAAAUAUUUUUACUACAGUUCAGGACUUUGCAAUUUGGUUGUGUGUGUGUUUUUUUGUUUUUUGUUUUUUGUUUUGGCAAGCAUACUUAAAGGGAGAUGGGUCCCUUUUUAAAUGCAGCAAAUUGGCAUUGAAAGCUUUGUAUCACUUUGACCAUCUGACUUGGGCUAUGCACUGUCAUACAUUUUUAGCAAAAAACAAAACAUGUCUCUUUUUUUAAAACUGCUGUGCUAAAGGUUUGUAAUGUCUGGCUACUAAGACACAUUUUGGUGGCCGCAAAUUAAUGUUGAAGCUCUUGGCGACUCUGCAGUUAAACUUAACCUGUCUCUCACUUGAACAUUAACUAUUUUCUGUGUUAAUUUAUAGCCAAACAUGCAUUACCUAUUUAUAAACUAGCAACUGGUUGAAGUGAUCUUUUUUGUAAACCUCAUGGCAGUGUUGUUUUUCUGCAUAGAAUCUAGCAUAGAAAGCUUGUAAGCUGUAAUUGAAGAUAAUUCCCCUUGCUUUCACACCUGGUGACUUAUUUAUAUGGGGCUGAAUGUUAUAUUCAUGAUGGGCCUAGUUCUCUCAGAUGCAUUGCUCAAAAAUAAAGGCAUUUUCUUUUGUGAUUUGCAAGAAUGACCAAAAUAGCCUCUGAAACACAACAUUAAAUCACUUUGUAGAUAGGGGUUCUUUCACCGAGGUUUUAUUUUUUUCCAUUUUUCAGAAUCAGCUGCAAUAAUUUUACUGCCGUGGGUGACAGCCAUGGUCUUACAGCCAACAAUGUGUAUGUGAGUGACACAAAAGGAGCAAAUAGGGCUGGGAUCUUCCUGCAUUAGGAGGAAUAUCUUUCAGUGCAGAUUCACUGGAACAGUGAGAAGGGUAUGGUAUAAUUUACAAUGUUGGAGUUACUUCAACAGUUUUUUGUGUUGGAUAAUAGGAUCUUGAUUUUUACAAAUCUUUCUUUCUGAGUUACCAUCUUUAUCAUGGGGUGAUUAAAUUACCACAAAUGUGUUAGGGUUUAUUAUUACCCCAGUUAAAGGCUGUGUAUUUCCGUUAGGCCCUUCGUUUGUUGCAUUGGGUACGAGGCUCUGCUUAGACUCAUGACUGUCUUAAAAGUAAUGCUGAUCUGUGUGAUCAGUUGUACUAAGCAGUAAAACAUCCCAUGCCUACUCCAAGAUUACAGUCGCAAGCACCCAUUCUUUAAGUUGGCUGUAAGGCUGUUGCAGCCACUGACAGGAACGGUAGCAAAGUCGUUUAUAAUGUUAGGGCUGUUUGCCAGCUGUGGAUGUAAAUAACCCCACCCAUGUGCAUCUCCUGUGUGGGAGCGACUUUUCACUGAUUCAUGCAAUCACUACAGCAGCCGGUUGGAUGCUUCGUUGAUAACCCAAGCCUGGCGAGCAGAUGGACACCUAUUGAAUAAAGAUACUUGGCUGCUAGCAAGCUUAGAUCUCUGUGACUGACGGCUGGCGUAAGAAGCCCUUGGUCAUGAUCCACCAGGAGUGUCUGCCAUGCAAGCCCCCUUGAAACAAAUGGAAAAUUGCUUAGGAUGUAUUCCAUGGUGAUGGUGCCCACAGCUCCCAAUGCCCAUGUUCACAAUGACUACUGUGAAAGAGGAUUGUGCUCGUCUGUUGCUUAAUUCUGGGCGAGGCAGUUGCGUAAGUAAUUGGGAUAUGCUUAUACAAAGAUGAGUUGAUCUGCUAGAUACUGACAUCUCUACAGUCCAUCUUCCGAAUGAAGCUUUGACAAGGCAUGAUGGAAGCUCUUGCAAAAGCCACAGCAUGGGCUUGAUUGCCACUACUUAAGUGUCAUGGGUUAGCCUUGUAUUCUUGAAUGAUGGGUCCUAAUGACGUAGCUGUCCAUGGAGCUAUAUUUGACUGACGGGAGACGCUGUUUGAGUAUGACACUUGUAAUUUGUGUGAUGCAGUUUUUCUUUUGAAAAUGUGGGGAGGAGUGAAAUGGGCUUGAGCCCUUCUUCAAAUAUGACCAGACUUUCUUCUCAUUUUUGGCUUCUGAAUGCAAACUGAAGCUUUUGGAAAAGUCUGAAGUUUCAGUGUGAAGUUGGUCACUUGUGUAACAAAAGCAUUUUUCUGCACCAGAAAUACUGCACUGCAACCCUAUAUGUUUUCCUAUAUGUUUAGAGCACUUUGCUUACUCCAUGAGUGCGUAGAUGACUGGAACUAUCAUUAGUUUGUUUAAUUCAUUAAUUUGAGAGCCAAAUAUGUGAUUUAUAUAUAUCAGUUUAGAUUUGCGUCAUUUGGGUUUUGUUAAAACAUCCCACACUAAAAGCAGCUUUAAUCUGUAAAGUUUUUUGGGAAACUUGAAAGAAAAUAUUUAAAAUGGUAUGAAAGAAAGCUAUGCAUUUUACAGAAAGCUCAAGGGUGUAGUCCCAGUGGUACUUUUAGGGAUCUUUAUAUUCAUGUGUAUAUAAAAUAGUUUGCAUAUACAAAAUAUAAUAUAAUCAGUUUGAAUUAAUCUCAGAUGGGGGAGGCUGUGAAACAUAACUUAUAAAAAUAUUGUAUACAGAAAACAGUCCUCAUUACUUAAAUGCAAUUUUGUCAUAUGCAUGAGAAAUGUCUUAUUUGGUGGCUAUGGGUGAAUGGUUGCAAUUUUGUUAGCUCCAUAAUGUUAGUUUGCCACUCUUAACUGCUUAGCAUUAAAUACCACUUUGAUCAA